UCGGUGUAAAAGCAUUGAUCGAAGUAAUGAAAAUAUAUUUAAGGCUAUAUUGUCGACAUUUUUACAGACAAAAAUGUUUUGGAAAAUAUAUCAAAGACUAUGUGCGAAUUAAUGUGCCCCUGAAGUUCCUAACGAUUUUGGUGUUGAAAAAAACUUUCGUAGUUCAUGGAAUGACAUUAGGAGGAAGUUUAUAUCCAGCGAAGAAACUUGAACCUCAUCCCGGUGUCCCGUUUAGCUGCUCUUAAAGAUGACCACAUCAGUUCAAACGCAGUUUCUGGAGGAUUUGGAGAGCUGCCUGGAACUUGCUGAGCAGCUGUCGCGGGAAGAGGACGUGGAAACCAAACAAUUCGUGGCUCUCCAGCUUUCUCAACUCCAGAAGUUCCUACAGAUGAAACAAGAACAGGCUGAAAGGAAAAUCGAAGAAGACAUAAUAGAAGAAGAGGCACAGAUUGAAGAUCUUCGGGAUAGGAUUGCACGUCUUUCCGCGGGGGAAGUCUUGGAGGGUACAAGCUAUGAAAACUACCUGAAGAUGUUUAGAGAUCUGAAAGGCAGAGAAUGGGAGAACCUGUACAAAUUACUUCGAAAAGAAAAGAACGAAGCACAAGGGACUAUAUUUCACAAUCUCAUAGCAAUUUUGCGGGAGACCUAUGACAAAACCAUACUUAAGGCGCAUGAGGCUCGGGAGCAGAUUGUCUGUCAGGUUAUACGACCCGGAGAUGACCCAGGCAACCAGGCAGAAAGACAGAAGAAGUUGCGUGGUCUACAAAGAGAGGAGCUAAAUGAGAUUGCGGAAUUAAGCAAAAGCUGUCAGGUGAAAUCGACACCAUAUUGCAUAUCAUCAGUGCAAAAGACCAUAAGGAGAGAAGUGGAGGAAGCACAGCCAAUGCUUUUCCGGACUUCAGGAUAUAGCGUUCCCUUGAGAGAUGCAUUUGAAGAAUAUGUUAUGCGAUGCAUUGAAUUUUCUUGGGUAGCUUCAUUUGAAGACCCUAAACUUUUUCUUGUCACUGAUCCGAAGAAAGAACUCAAAGGAAAAAACAAAAAACUUGUUGAGAACUUCAUGUAUGUGGACGAUGUUGGACGCCUUUUCCUUGUUGAAUGGCCUGCAAUUGUUCAAGGUGAUAAAGUUAUUUCUGCAUGGGGUUUGUUCGAUACAACCACGAAUGUCUCACUUACAGCUAACGAUCCAAGCUUUGCAGUCUCCGGUGACUUGAUAGACGAAGAUGAAAAUGAUUUUGUCCAAGCACCACCACAUAAACCGUCAAAGAAAGCGAAAACAACUGAUGGCAACAGAACAUUUAAUGAAGAUCAAAUCCAGCCAACUAGAAAACAUAAGCCAACAUCAAAACCACUAGCUCCACAACAGAGGACAGAGGCAGCAUCGGGUGCAAAUAAAGGCGAUACAACUUACAGACCUGAAAAGGCUGCACCAGGACAAAGGGGAAAGCAAUCAAAAGGCACCGACUUUUAAGCGUUUUAUAAACAAUGUAAACUUAAAGAUCGUUGUUACACAGUCUGUUGGUUUCACCUUUUGUGCACAUUUGUCUGAAAAGGCAUACGAACUUGGUCUUUAAGCAAGAACUGUGAGAAUGUUAUGUUUGUAAUUGAAUGUCCUGCUAGCUGUUUAUAUGGCAGUUGUGAAAACUUGAGUUUCAUUUAAUUCUAAGUUUGUGUUUUUAUUAUGGUUUAUCAACAAUACAAUAUAAAUUUUU